CUAAACUAAACUAAAAAACUUUUUUUUAAAAAAUAAAUAAAUAUUUUAUUAAAUUAUUAUUUUAGUCUUAAGUCUAAUCAAUUAAAUCAAAUAAUUAAAAACUAAAAAUGAAGUUAAUAUUAUUAAAUAUUAUUAUUAUAAUAACUAUAGCUAUAGUUAAUGCAAGCAUUUUGGCUGAUUGUGAAAAUAAUGAUAAUAAUAAUAAACAAUUAGAUGAUUCACGAAAUUUUACGGGAAAAGUAGUAUUGAUUACCGGUUCGAGUAGUGGUAUGGGCGCCGGUAUUGCCAAACUGUUUGCCCAAUUGGGCGCUCAUGUAGUCAUCACUGGUAGACAUUUGAAUGAUAUCCAGAGUGUGGCCAAUGAUUGUCAACAGUUAUCACCAAAUAAGCUAAAGCCACUUGAAGUUUUGGCUGAUCUAACCAAUAGUACACAAUUGCAAUCACUAUUGAAUAAGACAAUUGAAACCUAUGGACAGUUAGAUGUAUUGGUCAACAAUGCCGGCAUAUCGUUGAUGGCCAGCGUUACCGAUAAACAAUUUAUGCCAGUAUUUGAUAAGGUAUUGAGUGUUAAUCUGCGUCCGUAUGUAGAGCUCAGUCAUCUAUCGGUUCCCUAUUUGAACAAAACUAACGGCAAUAUUAUCAGUAUAUCUAGUUUUGUGUCGACAGUUCCGUUAAAAACAAAUCUAGCCUACAAUGUAGCUAAAGCUGGCAUAGAUAUGAUGACCCGUGUGUUGGCACUUGAAUUGGGACCCAAUAUACGGGUCAAUACAAUCAAUCCAGGUGUUAUCAAUACAUCACUUAAAUCCGAUGAUCCAUUAAAAGAUCAGAUGAUAAAGCAUGCAAUUUCACGUACAUUACUCAAACGUAUUGGUCAGCCCCGGGAUAUAGCCGACGGAGUUGUUUGGUUGGCCUCCCGAUCGGCCAGUUUUAUAACCGGUGCCAAUCUGUAUAUUGAUGGCGGUAUUCGGUAUAAUUUUGGCGGUCAAUAACUUUGUUUGUUUUGUGGCGAUUGAAUAAAAUGAUA